GUCACAAAAUUGUACUACCUUCUUCCUCGAUCACUUCACCUGCCAAAAUCGAUUAAUCCUAGAAAAUGACAAACAAUAAAAAACGACAACGCGUGCCUCACCACCCUACCUCCACGCUUUACUCGGCUGACACUAGCCGCUCUGAAUCCUCUCUGAAACUCUGCCGCCUCACAUCCAAUUCCUCCUUCAACGACAACUCGACCGCCGACGUCAUCCUCCGUCUGUACGUGGAUUCAUCUUCCCCUUUCGUCUGGGAUUCCACCGCCGAAGACGAGGUCCAGAUCUACCUCCACUCCGACCUCCUCCACCGCUCAAAAUACUUCGCCGCUCUUCUCUCCGAUCGUUGGCAAAAUCCGGUCUCUAACAUCAAUGGCAUCAACUCCGAUAACGAUAAGAAAUUCAUCCGUCUCAAUUUCGACGUGUCAAGUCCUACGCCGAGCUCAAUCUCCGAUCACAUGACAGUCUUGCAGCUUCUUUACACAGACGAUUUCUCUUCAGUUAUAAAUUCUGUCACCGUAGCUCUCGAUUUGCUCCCCGUCGCUUUAAAAUUACUCUUCGAAGAUUGUGUUAAAGCGUGCGUAAAAUUUAUCGAAGCAGUACCGUGGACUGAAGAGGAAGAAAAGAGAGUUAUAGAAAUAAUUCCUUUAAUACGUGAAGAACAAUCUAGAGAGCUCUUAUCUAGGCUUUAUGCACCCGAUGAUUCGUGCGAAGAGAUGCUUAACGGACUAAUUAUGUCAGCAAUUCACAACCAUCCGAACACAGCCUCCGUGAAGGCGUUUGUGGCGAAGCUACUGAGAGAGUUCGCAUCGAGGGAGUCAGCCAGGCGUGUGUUGGAGAGGGCGUUUGAGGAGAGUUUGAAGGUGGUGAAAGAGAGUUUGGAGGAGUAUUCGAGUCCGGAUUUUAGAGGGGAUACGUGUGAGACGGAGGCAAUACAGAGAUUGAAUUUGCAUACGGCGAUGACGAAUGGGCGGCAUUUGGUGUGGUUGGUGGAGAGGAUGAUUGAGUUGAGAGUGGCGGAUAGUGCGGUGAAAGAGUGGAUCGAGCAGGCGGAGUUCACGGUGAAUUUGCAGCGCACGUUUCGGGAUGAUGCGUGGAGGAACAUUGUGCCUGGUUUGCCAUCUGUUGUGAUGAGAUGUACUUGUAAGCUUGCCAAUGGGGUCGCUGGGGGCACUAUUUUGGCUACUAGACAGGUUAGGAUGAAGCUUGUAAAAGAUUGGCUUCCUGUUCUAAUUGUUUGCAAAGACAAUGUCUCACCUUUGGUGCCCAGUCAGAAAGCACUCUACCUGGACCUUGAAGAGACAUUCCUUAGAAUCAUUUCCACGCUACCUAUGUCAGAUGCGCAAGAGUUGUUGCAACAGUGCCUUAGUUUCUCCACCAAAAAUCUGGAAGAUUGUCCUCACUUAAUUAGGGCAUUUAAUACCUGGUUCCGCCGAGCAACUCAGCCCUCACUAACAGGUGACCAUUGUUAGAAUUUAGAAUUACAUGCAUUGCUUCCGCAGCCUUUGUUUUAUAGGCAUAGACUUCACUGUCUUAUAUUGUGCACAAACAAUGGAAUGUGACUGUGUAGAAUAAUAAGGAUCUUUCCAUUUUUGGAACGGAAGCAAAUCUAAAUGCUUCUGAUAAUGUUCCUUUGUAAAGCUGUUUGCACCAUGGCACAAACCCAACCAAAUUGUUGAAGAGAAAGGCAUUAAUCUGGGUGUAA